GGAGUCCACUGCGAGCGUGAGUGGAGAGAGGCCAGACCGUCAGCUGUCGACUCAGGAACGACCUUCUCUUGCGUUUCGCAUGAUGAUGAGCUGAGUGAGGGCUGAGGUGGUUGACCUGAUAUCUCAAGGCUUGCUCAUGAGAUGGAUGUUCCGGGCACCUUAGCUACACCUAUCUACCUAUGGCUGUCUGGGUAGAGCUGUCAAGGCUGUGACUGAUAGAAAGAGCUACCCCACACGCGACAUCCUUCUGCAAGGGAGGGCAGGCAGUCUGAAUAGCAUCACAGCUUUCUGCCUUGCGAGUGGUGAUAAGGUUGUUAUCUAGAAGUGGAUGUGCCCAUGUGUCUGGGUGCAGCAGAUCCUUGUCCUUUGUUUCUGAGACGCCUCUCUCUUGUAUGUAGUGUUUAAUCUCGCACUUGUCUCUACUCGUGGUCUAUGUAGUCCAGAUUGUUGAUGACAUGUGGAAGAUAGUGUAGUCUCUCUACUCUGCUUGUCAUUCAUCAGCUAGCCGCCUAGCUGUUGCACAAUUGCCACACCACAAAAGAUAGACGUCUCUCUGGCUGCUGUCUCUUCCAGGCACGGCCGGCUCCCGCCCAACAACAACCCCGCUCCACCACAAAUUUGCUCCGUGCGCCACCCAGCAGGACGCAAACCCGCCCAGCGACCUGGGACUGUGCCAAAGAAAGGGACCUGACCUGACCUGAACACCUAACGGAAAAAAAAAAUAACACGAAGCGCCUGGCGACUACGGGAUACCGCAUUACACCAGCUCACCGACGUCCUUUUUCGCGGCUCCCUUUUUUUUCUUGAUUCCUAUCUCCGACAUCAACGUCAUCGGUAUCGGCAUCGUCCACCCCACGAGCUCGGUCCGGCCCAAAAUCGACUUGUCGUUAAACUGACUGUGUCGUCUGCCCUCCCUUCCCCCUUCACCCUUCUGCCCAAUCUCGCCGACCAAAACCCGUCCUCCCACCGACCACCGGUAGCCGCGCUGCUGCUGAAUUCCAUAUCACCACCGCGUCAUCAUGGGCCAGACACUUUCUGAGCCUGUUGUCGAGAAGGCUUCAGAGAAUGGCGGAGACGAACGACUACUCUAUGGCGUGUCGGCCAUGCAGGGCUGGCGCAUCAGCAUGGAGGACUCUCACACGACAGUACUCGACCUGCUCGCUGGCACUAAGGCUGCCAAGGACCACAGCUCGAAACUCUCCUUCUUUGGCGUCUUUGAUGGCCACGGCGGCGACAAGGUAGCGCUGUUUGCGGGCGACAACAUUCACAACAUUAUUGCGAAGCAGGAUACAUUUAAAGCCGGCAACUACGAACAGGCUCUCAAGGAUGGCUUUUUGGCGACCGACAGAGCUAUUCUCAACGAUCCCAAAUAUGAGGAGGAAGUGUCCGGCUGCACUGCUUGCGUGGGCCUGAUUACGGAAGACAAGAUCUAUGUUGCGAACGCUGGUGACUCGAGAGGCGUCUUGGGCGUAAAGGGCCGGGCGAAGCCCCUUUCUUUUGACCACAAACCACAGAACGAAGGCGAAAAGGCGCGAAUUACGGCUGCAGGUGGCUUUGUCGACUUUGGCCGUGUCAACGGGAACCUGGCCCUGUCAAGAGCCAUUGGUGAUUUCGAAUUCAAGAAGAGCGCCGAGCUCGCGCCAGAACAACAAAUCGUGACAGCUUAUCCGGACGUUGUGGUUCACGACCUGGGCGACGACGAUGAGUUCCUCGUGCUUGCUUGUGACGGCAUCUGGGAUUGCCAGUCUUCCCAAGCCGUUGUCGAAUUCGUCAGGCGUGGAAUCGCUGCCAAGCAGGAUUUGGACAAGAUCUGCGAGAACAUGAUGGACAACUGCCUGGCCUCCAACUCGGAGACGGGAGGCGUCGGCUGCGACAACAUGACCAUGAUCAUUGUCGCUUUCCUCAGGGGACGGACCAAGGAAGAGUGGUAUGAGGAGAUUGCCCGGCGGGUUGCCAACGGAGACGGUCCUUGUGCCCCGCCCGAAUAUGCUGAGUUCCGCGGCCCCGGCGUGCAUCACAACUUUGAUGAUAGUGACAGCGGGUAUGAUGUCGAAGAGAACAAGCAAGGUGGUGGCGCUGGCAGAAGCUUCGGCAUCGGUGGUUACAAGGGCCGCAUCAUCUUCCUGGGUGAUGGGACCGAGGUGCUGACCGACUCAGACGACACUGAGAUGUUUGACAACUCGGAGGAGGAUAAGGAUCUCGCAAGCCAGGUGUCCAAAGCGUCGUCGGUCGAGGGCGGCGAAGCUACUGCCGGGAAGGAGCAGGAGAAGAAGCCCGAGCCAACGCCAGAGGCUGCGGGGAAACCUAGCGGCGAGGCGGAGAUGAAGAAGGACGCUUAAGUAUAGGGUCAGAGGGAUAGUCUCUGGAGGAUGGCAUCUCGAGCAUGUCUGUAUGGCUUUUUCUGUUAGCGUAUCGGCGGGAACUGUUGUGGGAGGGGGGAGGGGUUGUGGAAUACACGUAAAGGGGUGAUAUGGAGAGGGUCUGGGGGAGGGUCUGGGGAGGUAAAAGCCGGGAGCCAGUUGGCUGAACUGGACUUGGGGUCUUGGGAUGGCGAAGAAUGGGUUGAAAGGGAUUUCAAGGAAUCUUUUUUGUGGAAAGCAAGACAUAACACUCGUCAUCAUCUCCCCCUCUUCAACAACACCAGCACAACACACACGAACAACAAGCAUGAUUCGUUCAAAAACUCUUGAUCCUGCUCCGUCUGUCUCUCUUCCCGUCAUCUCGUUACCAUUGUGCCUGUACUGCUGCCCCUCUGGUCUGAGAGAGAAGGGGAACCUCUUGUUUUCCUUGUUUUCUUUUCUUUUUUUCCUUUUUACUCUCUUGUUUUACUCUUUUACCCUAUACCUAUCUAUUCUACGCGAUUUUUCAUGUCCUACCUUGAUACAUGCCUGAAGAAAUUGAUGACAAAAUCCGUGAUUUGAUCACUGAGCAGAGUAAAGCUGUCUGGUCCUGUAUGCGUAUAAAGGCGG